CAACUCCAAACGCUUGCCACCUCGCCGUCACCACCCACAGCCUUGUCGUACGUCUUCUUCUCUGGUCGACGACGCCAUUGCGAAGGUAGCACGAGUUCCUAUGCAUGCUUUCAUCGCCUGCAUAUCCAUCCCCGCAUUGUGCUGUCAUCCAAUCGCCGCACAAAGCAGCUCUCGCGCGACAGCCUUCGGUCCGGUUCGCUCCACAAUCCUCAUCAUCCCCAACUCUGAUAUUCAGCUGUCAUCAAUCUCGAGGGUAUGAGGUCGCCGUCGGCUUGUCAGCAUUGACCGACUUUACAGUAUGACCAGCUCAUCCAGUCAACCUGGAUUUGGUCUGGGUGACAAUCGCAGAGCUUCUCUCUCGAAUCCGGGAUACAUGGUUCCAGAUGCGCGUAAUCCCCGCAUCGAUACGCUGAUGAAUUCUCAACAACCGGGAUCGUCGAAUCCAUCUGCAUUCGACACUUCAUCUCCCGGCUCGCUCGACUUCAAUUUUCCCUUCACAGGGAGUCCGCACGGCAGCAGCAAUAGCGGCAUCGACGUCCCACCGGAUUUUCGGACAAGCAACAGUCAAGGUUUUGCCAACCGAGGCAAAAUCCCCUACCCUCCUGGUAAGGUACCCAGUCCACAGCACCGCGCCAGCCUUGCCAGCAUUGACUCUGCUUUCGACCACGAUCUUUUCGGAGCAGCAGCGCUCAAUCAGUGGACGUCAAACACCCCGGCCAAUCAAGCGGUUAGUAAUGCAGACUCUUCGCCCCCAAAGCCUGCCAGUGCGGCCGAGCUGGACAGGAAACCGGAUAAAGACAACGACAACAUACCAGCUUGGAGCGAGUUGAAAACUAAAGCGGGCAAAGAAAGGAAGCGCUUACCUCUGGCCUGCAUAGCAUGUCGACGCAAAAAGAUCAAAUGUUCGGGUGAAAAGCCUGCUUGCAAGCACUGUCUACGGGCCAGAAUCCCUUGUGUCUAUAAAGUCACCACGAGGAAGGCCGCGCCACGAACAGAUUACAUGGCCAUGCUCGAUAAGAGGCUCAAGCGCAUGGAAGAUCGAGUCAUACGUGUCAUUCCCAAAGAUGAACUCCCCGAUCUCAAUGCCACCGGCCGCGCUUCUGUCCGUCCCCCAAUCCCCGGACAAGCACCGAAGAAAGACAAGAUUCAACCCAAGAAACGUUCCGCAGAUGAAGCGUUCACCCAAGAACUCAAUGACUGGCGAAAUCCUAGAGAGAAAACCACGCUCCUCGAUCCUACUGCAGGCCUCAGAAAACAACGAGAAGGCGAAAACAAGCUCUUCAUCGAAGGCUCCGAAUCACUUCCACCACAACAUAUCCAAGAACAUCUCGCGGAAGUCUUUUUCGACUGCGUAUAUGGCCAAUCAUACCUGCUCCUCCACAAACCCAGCUUCAUGCGCAAACUCAAAGCUGGCACCAUCCCUCCCGUCCUCAUCCUCGCCGUGUGCGCCAUCUCCGCGCGCUUCUCGACCCAUCCUCAAGUCAGCACCGAACCAGCAUUCUUGCGUGGUGAACAAUGGGCCACACCCGCCCGCCGCAUCGUCGAGAAACGCCACUACGAGCCCAACAUCACCAUCCUGACGGCCAUGCUAAUGCUGGGCUUGCACUACUUUGGCACCUGCGAGGGCGGUCUGUCAUGGUCGUUCGGCGGCCAAGCCAUGCGCAUGGGCUACGCACUCCAACUGCACCGAGAACUCGACCAUGACCCUCUCGGACGCAAUCAAAUCGCCAACGAUUCAACCAAGAAGGGUCUCAAACCACCUGAGCUAUCUUUCACCGACCGCGAGAUCCGCCGCCGCACAAUGUGGGCCUGCUACCUCAUGGACACAUUCAACUCCUCCGGCACCGAACGCCCUUCCUUCCUGAAUGAAGAAUACUACCAGAUCCAACUGCCCAUCAAAGAGUCGCACUUCCAGAUGGAAGUGCCCGGUCCAACAGAGGACCUCUACGGGAACGUGCCCAUGUCUUCGUCCAAACCUUCCUCUUCGCUCGAGACCAACACGACGACCGACCUUGCCGCCGAGGCGAAAUCCAACAUGGGCGUGUCCGCGUACAUCGUCCGAGGCGUCGUGCUCUGGAAGCGCAUCGUCAAAUACCUCAACCUCGGCGGGAAGGACAAAGAUCCGCAUCCGAUAUGGGACACACUGUCCCAAUUCGCGACGCUGCAACGACAAAUCACGCAACUCAAAUCCUCUCUGCCCGCCGAGUUGACAUACACACCGGACAACCUCGCAACGCACGCGUCCGAACGUCUCGCUAACCAAUUCCUCUUCCUGCACAUCGUCCUGGCCCAGACGUCGCUUUUCCUGCACCGCUUCGCCAUCCCCACCGUGCCAUCGACCUCGCGCCGGCCACACCACCACGCCUACACGGCCGCCGGCAUGCCGCGCAGUUUCCUCAGCAACAGCGCGAACACGGUCAUCGAGUCCGCGGCCCUGAUCUCCAAGAUCAUCGCCGACUCCGCGGGCCACACCCUCACGGUCCCGUUCGCGGGGUACUGCGCCUACGCAGCGGCCACGGUCCACGUCUGGGGCAUAUUCAGCAAGAACGCCGCGCUGGAAAGUGCGUCCAAAGAGAACCUGCGGCACAACUACAAGUACCUCACCCGCAUGAAAAGGUACUGGGGUAUGUUCCACUACAUGGCGGAGAGCGUCAAGGACAACUAUCGCGCCUUCGCAGACGCCGCGCUCCGCAUGAGUUCCUCCUCGGCAAACGCAAACGCAAACGGCCUGCUGAUGGCGAAUAUGCUGCGCCGCCAAGGCUCCAGCCAGGGUCUUGAAGGCAAUAAUAGCAAUAGCGGGAUCCAAAUCCCAAUGGACCUCGACGUCACAGGGACGAGCGCGCCGCCGUCGCGCGCCGAGACGCCCGGUGGUGACUCGAAAAGUGGUGCGCACGGCGCCAGCUCGUCCGCGGGCUCGGGCAAGGCCAUGUUCCAGUACGGAGAUUGGUUCGACAAGUACCCGCACGGGGUGAGCGAGAGCGACUGGGAGAAGUCGCAUCUCGAGUAUAGGCGCGAAGCCGGCACCGCAGAAGCCGUCAUGUCGCAACGCAGCGAUCUGCAAUCUGUCGAGGAGUUCUUCGCGAGUUUAAGUCCGCCGAGUAAAGCGGACGACGGGCCGAGUGGACAGAGAGGCAAGAAGAUCGCACGAAGGCGCGGCAAAAGCGUGGCGGAGAACAAGAAGGACGGGAAAGGUGGAGGAAAUAAUGCCUCUGUUUCUGUUUCUGCUUCCGGAGCACCAGCCGGCUCUAUUCAAUCUACGACGGCUGCACAGCAAGCACAACCUGCACCGCAGCAAGGAAGGCCGCGACUGUCAAGCAAUGCGGGAGAACUCCAUGUCAAUCAACCAUUCAACCCAGCCGACUUCGACACCACGUCACCCUCGCUAUACCAGACACCACAGAUGGGCGGGCAGUCCCAGGGUCCUGACCCUUAUAGCUUUGACAAUUUGCCCCAUGUCAACAUGAACUGGAUAAAUACCCUUCCAGCAAUUGACAGACAAAUGGUCUUUGGCGCGUACACCGGCAUCGACCCUUCCAACGACACCAACCAUGGUACUCCCAGCCUUGCGAAUCUGAACAAUGAUUCGACUUCGAUGGAGACCUUUGGCAAUACCAAUCCUUGGGAACAACUGGAUCUGAAUGGAUUUGGGUACAACGACCCUCUUGCUGGCGGAAAUGGCAUGAUGGACACAGGUUCUUCGGCGUGGUUGUUGCCCUUCAACAUUGAGCCGCCGAAUUAUGGUGGCGGUCUGGAUGAAUUUGGCAAUACCGCUCUUGACGGUAUGGAUUUCGGUGACAUGCCUGCUGCUGGUGCUGGUAUGGGAAGUGACAGUGGCUCUCAAUUCCCCGAUCACAAGCCUCCUGCUUAACAGUUGUGGCAUCGGAUCAAUAGCUGGGAAGAUCCUGCGUGGAUUGAGUCACUUGGGAUUUACGUUGGCUUGAAAUUCAAGUCCAAAGUGCCAUUCGCUCAGCCAUAUAAUGUUCCCUGGUAUAGCAACAAAUUGCUGCGAGCCUCA